GUUCGGUUAUUUUAAAAUGUAACUACAGGAUGCACUUUGAAAUUACUUGCAUGAUGUGCUUUUUUAAAUUAUUAAUUACAAAUUAUUUCCUUAUAAACAAACUUUUGAAAUCUUUUUUUUUCAAGAUGACGUUUUAUAAACUGUAAUACAGAUUUGGUAAAAUUGUUUUGCGCAAACACCAACAAAACAAAAUAUUUGAAUAAAUAAUUAAUUAAUUAAUAAGUUAGUAUCUACUACAGAGAAAUGCUUGUCUUAGGAAGCAGUGAUUGGUAAAAGAAAUUGUCUCUAGCCUUAAAAAAGAAAAAACCCCCCAACAAAAGUUUAUUUAUUCUGUAGCUUAUUUUAUUUGGAAGAGGUUAAAUUAAUCACAAAUUAAAUUUCGAUGUUUGGUUUUUGAGAUACAGUAAAAAUAUAAUAUAUACUUUCACCCUAUAUAAAUAAGUAACUUUAUACUUUUCUGAAAUCUUUUUAGAAAUUAUGCGCCGAUAAAAAGCCUUUCAAAAGCGUGGAUUUUUUAAAUAAAUUGGCAAUCUAUUGGACAAUUUUGGAUUCUUUUUUUUAUGAAUUAAAUAAAAGUAUAAAUGUUCAAAACUGCUGGAAACCCCAAUUCAAAUUAAUAAGGUAAUAUAAUCGUUUAAUAAUAAGUAAUCAGUAUGUGCUACGUAUUUUAUGGAAUAAAAAUUUUUGAAACUGUUUUGCUAAAAUUUGACAUCGUGCCGUACACACUUUUUUAAAAAUAUUUUAGUAUAUUUUCAGAAGAGUGUUUGUGUUUCGAUGGCAACAGCUUUUGAUAUUUUUAUCGGAAAAUUUUAUAUAGUCUGCUGUCGUGUCAGACGGUUUUUAAUACUCAAUUCUACUGUUCGACAAUUUUUGCACAUACAGCUUAAUGGAUGUAGGCAAAUAACUAAAACUGACUGCCCACUCUUUAGAAAAAAAUCUAUUUAUUUCCAGUGAUCUUUUAAAUAUCUCUGUAUUGAUUCAUUCAUUCUAUUAAGAAAGUAAGCCACAUUAAUUUAUAAAAUGGUGGACGUAAGUAACAAAUAAUUGUGCUUCUCAAAAUUAUUUUCUUGUUUAUGUAAGUGGAGUAAUAGAAAAAUCGAAAACAGACCUACUUUUUUACAAACUAAUAUAAAUCAAAUUAUAGGAAAACAUAAAAAACCGAUUUGCGUUCUUCAUGAAUUUUCAUGGAUCUGUUCUGUUUUGCAUGCGUUUGUCGUUUCCAAGAUAUAUUUUAUAUGUGGGAAUUGGGUCGCAAAUUAGGGUGAACCACGUAUUUGUUGCAUGCCACAACUGGGUUAUAGAGGAAAUUAUACUCUAGGCGUUGCAGAGAUUUGAAUAAUUAAAAUACUGAUAAGAUUUAAUUGCUAAAGCGUCGUUCACACGUGCAUUCCGGCGAUUUUAUUUUUUAAUGAAAUGAACGAAUUGCUAAGUUCCUUCACACCAAUUUCCCAACGUACCAUCAGCUUAAAAUUUCGUAACGUUUUAUUAAAUUGCCUAAUAUGGGGGUCACUUCCCGUAUAAAUAUUUCCACGUCGCCCCAAACAAAUCACACGACGGUGAACUCCCCUUCAAUUCCAUCACCAAAUGGGUUAUUCACCUUCAAGAUGUUUGAAUAGUUGUUGCUAUAGCAAUAACAUUGAUCAAAUACGAGAUAAGUUUUCCCGCAUACAUUUAUUGUGGUUUUAGUUUCAUUACACUUUCACUCGUUUCACGCGACGCAGUCUUUUUGUGACAAAUUUUUUGAAAAAUUUGAAUAUCAAGCAAAAGUUUACGGUAAUAUAAAAAUAUUGCUCGGUUAAACGAUUUGCUUAGAGUAAAAUGAAAUGUCCACGUACGUAGACAAACCCUUGUCGCUGAUCGAACGGAAAAAACUGCAGUGGGCGAGAGAAAAAGAAGAACUGGCCGGUUUGUGCGCCCCAUGGGGCAACAACAAGGACCAGCCAAUCGAAAGGCCAUUCCAAAGGAAUAGACAUGUUCCGAAGUUGUCAAUGCCUAACUCCGAGUUCUUCCGCAAUAAUAGUGUUACAAGACGCUCCAGUUUGCCUCCUUUAUCACGAAAUCAAUUCAAUUCGAUUGAUAAGGAGAUGGGUUGUGAGACUUCUGGUUAUGGUAGUGAUAAUCCUACCAACAACCCAGAAAACCAAGUCACGAACCAAUCAGGGUACGAAUCUUCCUCUAGUUACAAAGACGAUCGUCCGAAAUGGAAGGACAAAAAUAAGUUUUGGGAUUGUGGCGAGAACGACCCUCCAAGUUGGGUCAAAAGGGGGCUCCAGAGAGACGAAGAAAUCGUUGUUUCAAACACCUCACCAGCGGAAUCUCCCCAACAGCACGAAGAGGACGUUGAAAGGCCCUACACUAGCAGUAGUGCCUUCAACCGGACUUUCAUUCGAGGCCAAAAUAUUCCAGUCGAUUCCACAGAACUUGCGGAACGGGAACGAAGAAGACAAAUCGCGAUAGCACACCAAGAAGCAAUCCGACAACAAUUGGAAGAACGGGAACGAAGACGAUUGGAAGAAAAACAGAAACGGAUCAAAGAAGAACAAGAAGAAGAAUUGCGAAUCGAGCGAGAACAAGAAAUCGAACGGCGAAGAAAAGAAAACGAGUUGCGUGCGAUCCGCGAAAAGCAAGAACGUGAAAGGAAGAGGAAGGAAGCGAUCAAGGAAGCGUUGGAACUUGCGGAAAAGGAAGCAAAAAUGGAAAAAAUGAAGCAAAAAAUAAUGAAACAAAACAAUGUCAUUGUUGAGGAAGGGAAGAAUAACAUUGAGAAAGAGAAUGAGACUAUAAGCAAGAAAAAUAAUUUGGAACAAGAGAUUAAUAAUAAUAGUAAUAACAACAACAAUAAUAAGUGUUUGGUGGUUUCACCGAGGCCAGAAGUGUUGAAUAAUGAGGUUAAUAAUAAUUUGGAAGUGACAGGAAAGAGUUUAUCGCCUCGAAACAACGACCGUUCGAAUACACCAAGAAAUGUGAAAUCGUCUUGUAGUUUUCAAGUGUUGACAACACCACGAACCGAAAUGGCUCUGGUUUUACAAACUCCUUUGGAGACGCUCCAAAAUAUGCAAUAUGCCGUUUUGAUGCCUGGUCUUGGGGGUAACAAUGCGGUCCCUAUCGCUAUACCCCUUGCUAUAGCCCCCGAAAAAAAUAAUGGAAAUUAUAGCGCACGGACGGAAAACCGUAUUUUAACACCUACCCAGUACAGGAAUAAAAAUCGCACGGUGUGCGAUAGUAGUACCCAAACCGAGUGCGAUUUUAACAACGUUGAGAACAGUAACAAUCAGAAAUUUAUUCGCGAAAAACUGACCAACUUGGAGUUGAAUUAUGACAAUAAGAAUCGAAGGGAGAGGAGGAGUCGGAGUGAUGAUAGGUGUGAAGAGAAGCCGAAAUGGGGAGCAAAUAGACCACCGACGCGUUACAUGAAACAAAGCGAGAAAGAUCCGUUUUAUCAAAGGCGGAAGAUGAGGCAAAAAACGCGCGAUUAUAAGAAUUCGAGUGAUGAAAGCCAAACGGGAAGCCCGCGCUCUUAUCGCAAGAAAAAUUACGUCGAAAAGCGGCAUACGAGGGCUUUGUGGCGCAAAAACGACCACUUUUUCGCCCGCAAUAUUCGAAUGUAUCAAACUGAGAUUGUUCCGUUGGAGUCGGACAAAGAACAGAUUUAUUAUCCCCAAAAGUGUGACUGUUGUUGUCGGUGUCGUUGUGAAACAAAGACUGAAAUUUUGAAAAUUGAAACCUCACCCAGGGACGACCACCGGCUUCCCGAGUGCAAGGAAAAUGUGGAAAAUUCCGCUUACAUCAUCGAUAAGUUGGCGUCGCUUCAUAACGGAUUGGUGCUGAAACAGGAACAAUGGGAGAGGUCCCCCAGGACCCCAAGUCUUUCAUCGUCGACGCGCAACACCGAAAAUAAUUAA